UUGAAGACUGUUGAUUCUUCGCCGGAGCAGGACAAAUCAGCUGCUACGUCGCUGGCAAUUUCGAGGGAAUUGGAAAAGGCAAAUCCGGUGGUUCCAGUGGAGGGGAUCCGAUCACCUACGGUGCCGAUGGAGUCGCAGCCCAAAUCACCACUUCCGCUUCCUGUGUUUGAAUUGAAAGAAGGUUCUAAGUCCUCAUGGAAGUUCUGCAAAGAAACCCCUAGGCUGUCACUGGACAGCAGAGCCACUACUGACGCCAAGGGAAGCCUGCAUCCGAGAGAGAUCCGCACAAAUGCAUCCAUUCUAUCACCGGCAAAUGCAGAUAAUGGUGCCGCCGAUGGCCAACAGCACCGGUCUCCUAGUGUCAUUGCCAGACUCAUGGGUCUGGAGCCCCUGUCAAAUUCGUCAAAUCCAGAGCCAGAAAACAAGGCGGAGCUACGAAGAUCUAAUUCGGAAUCGAGAGUUUCUAGAGAUCUCUUUCACUCUCGAUUCCAAACCGAUGGCAAAAAUUUUCACUUAAAACGGCCAAAUCAAUGCCAUUCCAAUGUGCAAGAAAAUCCGGUGUUUGAGACUCCGUGUCAUGCAGAUCCAAUCAAGUACUCAACGAAGAGUGUCAACAAAACUGAACCACCUAAAGAAUUAACCAGAGUGGCGAGUUUAUCUCCAUGGAAAACUCUGACAAACCGCAAAGGCUUCUUCGACUCGACGGACAUUUUUCCGGAGCCAAAGCAGACGAUUUCAAUUGAAGGAGAGAUUGAGAAGAGAUUGAAGAUGAGAGGAAUCGAUGAGCCUUCUAAAGAUUUGGAAACGUUGAAACAAAUCCUUGAGGCCCUGCAACUCAAAGGGCUCCUGCAUUCUAAGAAGUCCACCGAGCAAAAUCAAUUCAGUUACCGGAACCUCGUCUACGAUGAGUCUCCAGUAACGAAGUCUUCGAGAUCAACACCUGUGUAUCGAACCAACCGAAGGCUGGAGAAUGAUACUCCGCCAUCGAGUCACAGAAAUCAAGCGAGGCGAAAUCUCGACCUUGCCGGCGACAGAUUUCCGUCGGUGAGUCCCCGGCGAGAGCACAAUGUAAGAAGUCCAACUAGAGCCACUAGAAAUCCAAGCUCGCCGACGAGGAGUGAGAGUAAUGGAGCUUUGAGGCUUUCAAAUUCACCGGUCAAACCUCGGCCAUUGAGCGUUGAAACUCAUCGGAGAGUGAACGAAUCACCAGAAAACGGAAGAGUCUCUCCCAUUCAGUCACCUAAGCUCACUGCACGGAGAACCGGAACGGAUCCAACGGUCAAGAACCGAUCACCGAGGAACAAGAAACCAUUGGCCGAGAGUCAUCAAAAGGAGAAGAUCACAACCGUUGUUGUUACUGAAGAUGAAUCGUCAUCCAUUUCUGAUAGCAUUGUCAGUGCAUCUUCUCAUACAGAUACAGAGAGGUCAAAAAUGGAGGACUACAAAGAAGGGAGGAGUUUGUUGGAGAGGUGUGAUAAGCUGCUUAACAGUAUAGCAGAAAUUACAACAACUGAUCUACAACCAAGUCCAGUCUCCGUUCUUGACUCGUCAUUCUACAAGGACGAGUCUUCCCCUUCAUCAAUCACAAUGAAAAGAAGCAUCAACUUCAAAGAUCAACGGGGUGAAUCGGAAGAAGAUAUUUGGAGCCCCAGUAUUUCACCAAUUCAGUCGAAAUGCGAAGAUAGAUCAGAAGACGGUGAUUUUGUCUACAUAUCAGACAUCCUCAAAGCAUCCCAUUAUCUCUCUGAGGAGUCUGAUAUUUUUCUGUUACUAGAGAAGCAACAAUAUCUUAAAGGAAAGGACACAUCCAAAGUCUCGAGACUCCAAAGGAAGCUUGUCUUUGACACGAUCACUGAAAUUCUUGGUCGUAACCGACAAUUGCCUCAAUGGAAGGCCAUUUCUUGGCCAAAUUGCUGUAUUGAAAAGCCAUCCCUCGAAAAGAUUUGGUUAGAAUUCCGGACAAUCCAGGAGCGUGAAAGUAGUGAUGACUUAUUAGAUAUCAUAUGUGGUGUUCUAAAGAAAGACCUAGCUAGGGAUGCCAUUAAUGGUUGGGAAGAUUGUCCGGUCGAGAUGUCCGAGGUUGUUUUGGACAUAGAACGACUCGUUUUCAAGGAUUUGAUUGGUGAAACAAUUCAAGAUCUAGCAUCAUUAACCUAUAAAAGCACUUUAUCAUUUAUGUCUAGGAGGAAGUUGGUUUUCUAAGAAAUGCCAUUAAUGGUCACGAAGAUUGUCUAGCCGAACAUCAAACGACCCAUAUUCAAGGAUUUGAUCCACGAAAUGAUCCAAGAUCUCGCAGCAUUUGCAAGGCUUGCUUUUUCUCACAUAUUAGUACUGCUGUUUGCCAGCUUCGAAGAAAACAGUGAGAGAAAUUUGAGAACCUUUUUUUUUUUUUUUUUUUUUCCCUGUUAGUGCAUAUGUGGAGGAAAUCCUGGUUUGUCAUGUGAUUAUAAAUAAUAUAAGCAAUAUUAUUAGUUAUUA